AUGGGUGAAGUUGGGUUUGAAGGCACUGUUGACCCUACAAAUGUCGAGCAGUGGUUGGAAUGGAUUGAAAGAGUGUUCGAGCAGUUAGAGUGUUCAGAUGCUGCCAAAUUUAAGUAUGUUAAUGAUUUUGUGAAAGAAUUUCGUAAGAAAUAUGUCCCAUCUGCUUAUCAUGAUGCAAAGAAAAAAGAGUUCUUAAAUUUAGAGCAAGGGAGUAUGUCUAUUGUUGAAUAUCAGCAGAAGUUUCUCAGGCUGUCCCGCUAUGCUGGGGGUAUUAUUAAUAACAAAAACGAUAAGUGCAGGAGAUUCGAAGACAGUUUGAAUGAUUCUAUCAAAAAAUAUGUAUCGGUCCUACAAUAUGAAUACUUUUGUAAAUUAGUUUCAGCUGCUCUUACUUGGAAAAGGAUCGACAAGGAACAAGCUGGUAGAAAUGAACACAAGUUCAGGAAAGCUUAUGCAGAUUCAAGAGGUCCAUUAAAAAGAGGGAGGUUUGACAGUUCCACAUCUAAUACUUUUCUCAAGUUAUCCCAACAUAGGCAGAAUAGAUCAAGUUUCUGUACUGUCAGCACUCCAAGCUAUGACCAAGUCAAGACUCGUAUACCCACUUAUGCACAAUGUGGAAAGAAUUACUUUGGUACUUGUAGAAGAACUUCUUGCACUUGUUUUAAUUAUGGGAGCUUCGAUCAUAAAGUGAGGAAUUGUCCUAAUCCUAACCCCACUUCUUCUCCGCGUAUGGAAGGCUCAAUUCAAAAACAUGUUACCACUCCCUCUCAAAGGAAUAGAGGUGUAAGAUCUAGAAAUACACAAGCAACAGGUGCAGUGCAUCUAAUACAUCUUAUGGGUCAAGAGCUACAGCAAAAGCUUAUGCGAUGA